AAGCGAGAAUCGUUACGAUGCCUCAAAAACUACAACAACCGGCCAACAAGUCACAUCCGGGCGCCAGUCAAUGACGUCGGCGUUUACUUUUUGACGUCUGUUGAUAAAAUAUCAAGAUGUGCCCACAGGGACGUGAUGAGGCUUUACAUUGUUUCUGCAAGGAUAAGGUGUCGCCGUGGUUUAGAUAGAAAACCAGGAAAGGUACAGGAAGUGACGGUGCUUCUGUGUUGCCAUGGCGUCUGAGCUGCAGGAGGCGAUCUGCAUGGCCAAGCAGGAGCGUCACAAGAACCUGUUCCUCAACUACAGGAACCUGAACAUCUUUCCUGUCGAUCUGCUGAAGGAUGAAGGACUACAGUUCCUACAGAGGCUUUAUAUGAAGAGGAACUCUCUCACCACGCUGCCGGAUAAUCUAGCACAGAAGCUCCCCAACUUAAUAGAGCUGUAUCUGCAUUCCAACAACAUAACCUGUGUUCCUGAAGGUGAUGAAUGAUCUUCAGUCAUUUAGAAGAGGCUG